AUGAAUACUACUAUCCAUUCCACAAAUCUAACAUCCGUUAAUUACAAAUUAAUCAUUCCGAUCUCUAUGUGUUGUGCAUUGAUUUCUGUCAUUAUCUCGUCGGGAAUAUUACUUCUAGUCUAUUCUACUAGACGUUUACAUACUACGACACAUACUCUUGUUUGUAAUACGUGUCUGACAUCGAUAUUUUACAGUCUUGUUCAAAAUAUCAAUUAUAUAUAUCUAAUCUUUAUUUCCUGGGAUACAAGUGAUCUCUCCUGUCGAUUUCGAGCUUAUUUUAGUUACAUGUCCAUCGCAUCGGUGAUCUAUUCGUAUUUGCUUCAAGCUUUAUCUCGAUUAUUUUUCUCAAAAUAUCAUACUCAACAUCGAUGGGUACUUUCAUUUCGUACUCAUUAUCAAAUGAUAUUUAUUCAGUGGUUAUUCGUUAUGAGUAUUCCUUUAUCAACAUUGAUUAGCAAAGAUGUUUAUUAUCGACCAACGUUUCUCUGCUGGGUACCAGUGGCUAAACUUUUGCAUGUAGUUUAUACGAUAACGGCUUGUUAUUUGAUUCCAACAGUAUUGAUUAUUGUCGUUUAUUGUAGUAUCUACUAUCAUGUUCGGUACAUAGAGAGAAAUUCUGUACAUCAAUUUCGGAAGAUUCAACAGAAACGAAAUCUGGAAAUGCUCCGCAAUAUUUUAAUUCUGAUUUCGAUUUAUACAUGUGGAGGAUUAUCGACAUUGCUUUAUGUCAUCACUCGCAUUGAAAUUUUUUAUUCGAUGGGAAUUAUUUCAUUACCGGUGUCUGUUACAAUUGAAAAACUAGUCAUCCUUAUUCUCGAUAGAGAAAUUCGAAAACAUAUGAAACUUUAUUUUGAUCAAAUGAAGAAAAAGUAA